CAGAUUUCCUUUAUAAUCCCUGGUACGGUCCAGAAUGAGGUUCCCAUUCCUCUAACACAGAUCAUCACUCUAUUAACAUGCAUUACUGGCGAGGAGUCAUCACCCAUUUGAGCAUUCUGCUCGCUCAGCCAACAUACCUGGCCCUUCGAUACAUAUCCAGACAUGACUUCGCUUACUCACCUUCAGUCUUGAAUCUUUUCAUCCAUGCAGUGGUGUGGUCUUACAUUGCUCUACGAAUCAGUGUGCCAUUCUUUACCUCGCCACUACGUCUACUACCUUCUCCUCCAGGCGAAAGGUUCCUGCUAUGCCAUCUAAACUUCAAUGGAGGAAGGCCUCCAACCACCAUCUUUGAGGACAUGAUCAAUAACACUCCCAAUGAUGGCAUCAUCGUUUUGUGGGGUCCACUCUAUCUCUUCCACGAAGUUCUUGUCACCCGCCCUGACACUGCCAUGGAAGUUCUCAACGCUCACAGUUAUGACUGGCACAAGCCAUCCGUCCUUAGGGAAGUACUACUUCGUAUCCUCGGUGAAGGCUUGGUCAACGUUGAAGGUGCCAAGCACAAGGCCAUGCGACGGGUUGUCGCUCCAUCUUUUACUGGCCGUCAGGUUCGCGAUCAGGCUCCCUUGUUUUAUGCCAAGGGCCUCGCCCUCGCAGAUGUCGUGGCACGUCGCUUGGGCCAGAAUCGUGAUGGAGAGCUUGACAUGAUGGCUCUGGCCUCUUCUGUUAGUCUUGAUAUCAUAGGAGCCGCCGCGGUGGGUAUGGAGUUCAACACCCUGAACGAUGAGCAGUCACAUUUAGCCAAACUAUAUCAGUCCGUCGCUGAGCCACCUCCUUUCUCCCUACUGGUCCAGGUUUUGUUCCCAAAGUGGAUGAUACAACGAGUCAAGGGUUCUGGCUUUGCUGCGACUCUAAAUGCACAAUCCCAGUUACGUGACAAGAUCCACGCUCUCUUGACAGAGAAGAAGAUCCACAUGUAUGAAGAUGAGUCUGCAAGUCAAAGCAAGGACAUCAUCGCCAGCAUUAUGAAGGCUGGAGAUUUUUCCGAGGAUUAUCUUAUGGGCCAAAUGCUCACUUUCCUGACUGCUGGCCAUGACACCGGCGCUUCCGCCCUCACUUGGGCCAUGUGGUUGUUGUCGUUACACCCUCAAGUGGCCGAUCGUCUACGACUGGAAUGCAACACGCAAAUAGGCGACAAGUCGCCCUCCGAGAUUAGCGCCUCCAUUUUUGACAACGACAAAAUGCCAUUCCUCACAGCUGUCUGUAAUGAGGUAUUACGUCUCUACCCUCCCGCGCCCAACUCACCCCGCGACGCCGCAGUCCCAACUACCAUCGGCCAUGUAUGCAUCCCCAAAGGCACCAGACUGACAGUAUCGUCUUGGGCCAUCAACCGAAGUCGAGCUAUUUGGGGCCCAGACGCGGCAGAGUUCAAGCCCGAACGAUGGCUGCAUGGCCCAAACGCCGCGAAUGGAGGUGCUGAGAGUCCACACGCGUUCCUGACAUUCUUACACGGUCCUCGCGCCUGUAUCGGCCAGAGUUUUGCCCGGUUGGAGAUGAAAUGUCUCGUGGCCGUGCUCAUGAUGAGAUUCCAUUUCGAGGUCGCGGAACCCGAUCGCAAAAUUGAAAUAGGCGGAUUUGUUACCAUCAAGCCCCAUGGCGGCUUGAAGUUCAAGGUGCGUGAUAUUAGAAACUCGGUCGAUGGAGCACAACGGUAGACAUUGGUAGUCCGUUACAAGUUAAUAUCGAACCAUAUCGUUCUCUGCUCUGCUUCAGAUCAAUUAGACCUCCGCUCAUUGAAAGAAUCCAGAUGAGAAGAGCAAUUCAAA